AUGGCGCAGCCUACACCAAGCGAAGCCCCUCGCUGGGCCUCGACCCCUUUCGAUGAUCCGACCGCGGAUCUCAUCUUGCGCACCAGCGACCUCGUUGACUUUCGCGUCUUUCGCCUGAUCCUACGCCUCGCAUCUCCCGUCUUCGCUUCCAUGCUUGAGGUCGGUCAGGCGCCGCCCGGUGCUGCUGACAGGUCUCAAACAGAGAGCGACGAAUCGCGGGACGGGUGUCCCGUCGUUCCAAUACAGGAGGACAGUACCACCGUGGAGACACUCCUCCGGAUUAUCUAUCCAAUGAAAGAUCCUGCACUCGGUGAUCUACCACAGCUUCACUAUAUCAUUGCUGCAGCCUUGAAGUACGAGAUGGAGCAAGCGGUCGCCCUAGGAACCACAGCGCUGCUGUCGUUCGUGUCGAAAGAGCCACUCCGCGUCUGGGCCAUCGCCGCCCGCAACAGACUCGAAGUGGAGGCACGAACUGCCGCAGACGAGGUGAAUCGUCAGCAGAUUUCAGUGCUGGACAGCUUCCCGCCUGAAAUGCAAGACAUCACUGCUGGAGCGUAUUAUCGCCUCCUACGAUACCGGCGUCUCGGAGGCGCAGUAGAGGAGGGCUUCGGGUUCUGCGAUCCGCCACUGGUACCGCCUAACAUCUCUCCACCUUCCCCUACUCCUAUUGCCGCUGCAAUCACGCCCAGGGUCUCCUCACCGGACCAUAGUCAUCUCCGUUGUCUGACUGACAUCAUCUGUCGGUCUUCGGAUGGCCAGGACUUUCCGACCCACAGAAUCCUGCUUGCCCUUGCAUCUCCCGUCAUGGCUGGAUUGGUAACGAGCCUUCCUGAACAACAUGCAGUGAGCGAAGAAUCUGGUUUGGCGUCUGCCCUUGCGAGCACCCUGCCCGUCUUAUCCUUCGACGAAGAUGGUGCGACUUUGAAGACCCUGAUCGGACUGUGCCACCCAAAUUACUCGGACACCGAUAGUCAUGAUCUGUUGUCGCUUUCGCGUGUCUUUGAUGCGGUCAAGAAAUACGAGAUGGACGCUGCAAUGGAGCCUCUACAGCGCGAAUGGUCGCAGCUGGUAGCAUCAGACCCUCUACUGGCAUACAUACUCGCAGUGGAUCGCAAGUCCUCUUUACAAAUCCAUAAGGCGGCAGUGCGGCUACUCGAUAGGACCAUGGAAGACUACUACGUCCCCAUACUCGAAGGCUCUCCGGCGUCUACCUUUCGCAACGCGCUUCUGUAUCAUCGUGCGUGCAAGGCCGCUGCUAGCGAUGUAGCCCAUGCGGUCCGUACAUGGAUCGCCGGUGGCCGGCAUGAAAUCGAUCUCGUCGUUCGGCGGAAAUUUCCCGGAUGCACUGGCACUGGCUACCGUUACGCGUGUUGUGGAUAUUCAUCUUCCGACGUCUACCGUAAUCUACAAUUGGAGGUAUGCAGCCGGUGCAUUUCACAUGGGGAGUCCAUCAUCCAGAUUUGCCGACGUCUUGAAUCACCAUCCGGCGCAUUGUUCACCACGCUGAAAACCUGGGAGAGUUCGCUAGUCUCAUCCGACGAGAUCGAUGGCGUUAGCUCAGAAGAAACGGACCCGUCGGCAGUCCAGACGCUAUACAAGACACUAUUUGACAAAGUGACUGACAGGACAAACACUCUAUGUUCGGAUUACAUAGAAGUAUAG